AAGAAUUGACACAGUUGGGGCUCCUCUCAGAAGCUUUUGGUGGCAUACAAGAGGAGGACAACACAAGGCCUAGCGAGCAGGGUGGGAUCGAGAUGGCUGAUCAAGGAGCGUUGAUGGGUACUUUUUGUGUUGAACCAGACUAAUCGCCGUCUAACCCUAGUCCUACGUUAGUGAUGAACAAUAGACCUUCGAAUGGACUCACACAAUACUAACGUCUGCUUUAAUAAAAUCACUUGGUUUUUAUAAUCUGUUUUACCGCAGUUGCUGGAGCGUGUAUGUAUGAAGUGGCUUUGGUUCCUUUCCAGGCCUUCUCUUGGUCCCUGAUCUAGAUCUGCCCUAGACCCUAGCCCUAAAAAAACCCUCUGCUUCAUCGGUUAAAUAACAUAAUAUUACAAGUCCUCCGGCUAAUCCCAAUCCCUCCAAUCAACUUCCUCUCGUUUUAGUCAUGGUUCUUCUAGUAUACAACUCUAUGACCUACAUCAAUCCAGUCCUCUCAUCAUUAUUAACAGCCGCGAACAACCGAUCUAGAUCUACGCGUGGUCUCAACACCUCAUCUUCAAGUCGGACACCUUCAACGCGGCUCGUUGCCGGUGAGGAGAAAAUGAAGGCCUCAGCUGAGGAAAGCUUCUGGACUUUGGCGGUGGCCAGUCAGGUGGCCUCGUACAUGUCCAUUCUCUCUAUAGGCGUUCUGAGCGUUUUGCUCCUUAUGAUUUCCGACGUGGAGGUGGUUUUGUUUGCUAGAUUGAUACGUCGAAGAUGUUGCUUAGCAAAUAGUACAUGCGUACUAUUGGUUGCUUAGAAAGUAGUACAUACGUACUACACUUAGUACUAUUAUUUAAGAGCAGUACAAACACUACCACGCGCUCCUUGAGCAUGAUAGUACUUUCUACUUAUGCGUUCUAAAUAUCCUACUGCACACCCUUCACACAACUCUAAUCCCACCUUGGGUUUUCUACUCUUCUUUGCCGAGAUUUUAGUGGUGAUAUCGUUGCAGAUGAUGUUUCGUCUCUCGCGAAGCGAGGAACUGCUGGCCGCACGUGCUGAGCGAGAAAGUUAAGGCUUCUCCUAGUGAUCCAUCUUUCUUCAGAGAAGUCAUCCUUCCUAGGAGAGAGGCUUUUCAAGGUGAAUAGGGGCCCAGGAUGAAUCUCAAGAUGGAUAAGGGGGAGCUCUAAGAAAAGCUACACUACGAAUACGUAGUCAGAUCAACCGCAGAACCGCGACAGGGUUCGGCAGGGACUAGACCCUCUCAAGAAGUAGAGAUGUCAGAACGGCCAACCUCAGCAGAUGAAGAUUAAGGUUUUCCCAAAUUCGUCUAGGUCAGAAGCAUCUUCUUUGGCUCGUCCCACUGCUCCCUCCGCUUUUUUAGGGGAAAACAAAUUAUAGAUACUUACGUCAAGAAAGAUGGCUUUCAAGAUGAAUCUCGGGAAAAUCUAAAAAGAAAGUGACCACUUUUCAAAAGCUUGGAGCAGUAUAGUAGCCGGCGGAGAAGAAAGAUCAGCAGGAGGUACCACAGGAUCAGCUGGAAGCAGAACCACAGGAUCCACGCAGACUUCAUUCUCUUUAUGUUGAAGGGUUUUGAUUUAUAGUGAUCGUGACUUGGACAUUCUUAUCUUGCACGCAGUUGCAGGUGCUUCACUCAAGUAAUGCUGGUGGUAGCUUCACUCAAGAAUGUGUUCAAUACUGCUACCACUUCAACAGAAUCAGAAGUGAACUAACACCUUGUCAUCCCCAUGCCGUUUAUUUCUAAUACCUCGGCGAUUCACUACCGCUUUACUCAACGCGCACCCCACACGCGCGACGAUCGCCCGACUUAGCUCAUGGAGAGAGGUGAGUGCGUUAUUUAGCAUGCUCCGUGUCUGGGGCAGUGAGUCAAAGGCGGAUGAAGACUUUCCCUAUUCUAGUGCACCCUUUCGAAUUCAAGCGGUCGCGGUUACUAUUUUCACUUGCCUUCGGGUCUUUUGUAGAGGCAUUCUGCUGCCCUUGUACAUCCACUCGUUAGAGCCUCACGGUUUCCUUCUCGGCAUAGUAGAGCAGAGACCGGAAGACCUAGUACAACCAUCUGGUGUGGGCUCAGCGGAGUCUCCGAGAUUGUUAUGGCCCUCUAAAAAGUCUAAAAAUUUAGACAUACGUAAAAAUUAUAUCAACUCAGCAUAACUAUAAUACAGUUCUUCGAUGAGUCUGCUUUUCGAAGGCAUUUUUCUUUUGACUGUGUACGUAUUUUUUAGAAGUUGUUGUUCCCUCUCGUCUAAUAACAUCAUCUCUGUCCUCCCCCCGGGUACACGUUGCAGUAGUGGACGACGUUGAUCCGGUCUCUAGUGCUACAAUAUCCAGUACAGUUCCACCGCCAAGCACGAAGAUACUGAUUGAACAACCAAAACCUUACUAUUUAUGAUGCCACAGUCACUGAGAUUGAGAUUGAGGACCAAGAAAAGGGAAUGUCGUUCUCUCCAACCUCCUAGAUUUGAGCAUAAGACAGGGGGGCGCCACCAGUCUGAAAACAAGAAGAACGACAUUCAUCUUCCGUUUUUUUCUUCAGUAGGAAAUUCUCAAUCUUCAGUCGCACCAUUCAUACUAUCGAGACAUGGAAUUCUACAGCUAUGCCUUGUCCAGUGUCUUUGUGUUGGGAAGCUUUUUAGGCAUCUUAGUAGGAGGAUGGCACUUUUCGAAUGCGGGUAACCUUGGUAAGUUGUGGACCCUACGAUUCUUCGGUUUCAUCUCGAGUUGGGCGUUGCUAUUUAUGAAAAAAAUACAGCUCCAUGAUCGACAGGAACUUGAAGGACGUACUUACUGAAUUGAUAUUCGUAAGAAGAAGAACACCUUCAAGCCUCUACUAGGUGUAACAAUUAUAUGAAUUUCAAUUUCGUCCUUUCUAAUCCUCUCCUUGCCAUACACGCGGCUAUGAACGAUUACAGUAACCUGAUUAUAGAUCAUGACGGAGUCCAGAGGAAUGCAGGCGAUUUCAUCGCGCAAGUCGAGCAAGGACAAGGACUCGAAGGAUUGAAACGAGUGGCAGCAGACUAUAGGUCUAGUACUCAAAAAUCUCAGGUCGUUGCGUCAGGGCGACUUCUGAGUACAGAAGAUGCUGGGUCUACAUCUCCUGAAUUUCACACCUUCGUGGCAGAACGACUACUCAGCAGC